AUGAUGAAUUCUUUCAGCCUGCUAAAGCAAUAUAUCUGGGACUCUUCCCAAAAACCCAUCAAGGAAGAUGUAUUCGAUCCAAAGGUGCACCUCAACUACACCCCGCCUUCAAAGAAAUUUACAAUGCGAGAGUUGCUUCUAAGGCAGAGUCCAGCUGCCUCGCCCAUUGCCGGAACAGUGCCAUUCCCACUGUUGUCAGCCGAGGGAGUCAAAGCCUACCGAAGGGCGUUAUUCCAAGAAGAUGUUAUAGGCAAAUGUGCCAGUUCACCAUUCCCAGGGACAUUGGUUCUCCGUGACGCUGUGAAACAGUCCAAGUUCAUCAAUGACUUUUGGACGCACCCAGAGACAAUGAGGAUUGUGUCCGAAACAGUCGGUGUACCUCUGGAGGUGGCGAUGCCAACGGAGAUAGGACACACCAAUAUACAAGUUGAAGGCACUACUAUCGCACAGAUGGCUAGUAACCUCAAAGUUGAGCCGGCGGUAGAGAAAGUCGAGUUGAGUGACGAGGAACGACACUACGACCCUCUGAAAGACGAUAGUGCUAUCAUUCCGUGGCACCACGACUCAUAUCCUUACGUUUGUGUAUUGAUGCUGAGCGAUACGGACGGUAUGAUCGGAGGCGAGACAUAUAUCAAGAAGGGAGACGGGGAGGUACAGAAGGUUGAGGGGCCUCAGAUUGGUCAUGCCGUCAUGCUCCAAGGCGGCGAAGUCUGUCAUCUGGCUGCCCGCGCGAAAGGUGUGAAGGAGCGGAUAUCAACUAUCACUUCAUACCGUUCGAAAAUGCCAAACGUCUAUGACUCCAGCUAUAUUACCAACGUCCGACCUUAUGCGGAUACAAACUCUCUCUAUCCCGAAUGGACACAAUACCGUCUGCGCAAACUGAGAGAUGAACUUACCCAUCACCUCGACCUGAUGGAGAAAGAAGAAGACCCUGUCCAAGCGAGGAAGGAUAUCCAAAACCUUGUAGACCAGCAGAUCGAUUAUUUACAACGAACCUCUCGACAGAUGGUUGACCCUGAGUAUACUCAGCAAGUUUUGAGGAAGUAUGGCAGGCCGGCAUACUAUGACGCACCUAGUAUUUGGGAGACUGUUCAAUCACUACCGGGAUUUGAGAGACUUGCAUCGGCCGCAGAUGAUGAACGACGUUGGAAGCCGGAGAGUAUCUAUUGGAUGGACCUUUGGAGAUCCAUUGAAACGAUUCGGUUGGGGAAGCCUCUUCACAGUGCUCUCGGAACUGCCGUGCGGGAGAAGACGAAAAGGUAUUACAUGGGGGAUGAACUUCUGCGACAAGGACUUAAUGAGGCAUUCUUGGAUUAUUUGGGAUGCUCGGGUAUCUGGGAACUUUACUGCACCAUUUGA